CCGUAUUAUUGUUCCCCCGUUGUCCGCAGCAGCCGCAGCUGUCUUGUCUCUUCUUUCAGCCCUCUCGUGUUGUUGCUCGGUGGAAUCAGCGGUAUGAGCCUGAAACAACACUCAGGACUUGUUGUCUGUCUCGGACACAUGGAGAGAAAACCGACCGGGUGCGAUGUUUAUUGCUAAUCUGCAGUUUAUCUAAUUCAGAGGCAACAGCAGAGAGAGAAAACUCGAAUCCCGUUUGAUGUGAGCCGAGGUGAAUAUGGAUUCAGACAGGAGGAGAGGCGGCCGCAGCUGGGACUGGGACAGCCCGGAGUGUCGAGCUCAGCUGGACGAGAUCUUCUUCCGCCGCCAUGACUACAUCCAGGCGGGCAGCCCGGAGCACAGGGAGUUCUGGGCCUUCUUCGACCGCUUCCAGAGGUUCAAAACGAAGAAGGACAUGUGCGGGUCGGGGGGACGAAAGGCGGACAGGGACGGAGAGAGGAGAGACAAGGGCAAGACUGCAAAGGUAGACCUCGGCCUUCCCAAAGAGUAUGACGCCCGCUACCGGAUUAACGUGUCGGUGUGCACCGGGGACAUCGAGGAGCGUCUGGGGAAGUCGGAGCACCGAAGCAGGUCGAAAUCCUCGGGACCGGGCGACCAGGAGGUGUCGGACUGCCGCCUGGCUCUCCUGCACUUCCUGGACUUCAGCCAGAGACAGAGCUUUGGCAAGUUGGCCAAGCUUCGCCGGGAGCAGAAGAACUUGCCCAUCUUCCAGUACCGGGACAGGAUCGUGGAGCUGGUGCGAAGUCACCCCGUGGUCGUGGUGGCAGGCGACACCGGCUGCGGGAAAUCCACCCAGGUGCCUCAGUACCUGCUGUCGGCCGGCUUCACCCAGCUGGCCUGCACUCAGCCCCGGCGCAUCGCCUGCAUCUCCCUGGCGAAGAGAGUCAGCUUCGAGAGUCUCAACCAGCAUGGCUCAAAGGUGGGGUUCCAAAUCCGCUUUGAGACCACCCGGACCUUGUCCACCAAACUGCUGUUCCUGACCGAGGGGCUGCUGCUGCGACAGAUCCAGCAGGACCGGACGCUUGCUCAGUACCAGGUGGUGAUUGUGGACGAGGUCCACGAGAGGCAUCUCCACUGCGACUUCCUGCUCGGGGUGCUGCGCUCUCUGGUGGCUGAACGCCCAGACCUGCGUCUCAUCCUCAUGUCGGCCACCAUCAACAUCAAACUCUUCUCUGAAUAUUUCAGUAGCGCCCCUGUGCUGCAGGUGCCGGGCAGGCUGUUUCCUAUACAGGUGAUGUACCAGCCCAUUCCCCCCGAGGAGCAGCCUUCGCGUUCAGAGAAACUGGAUCCCAGACCGUACCUGCGCAUCCUGCAGGGCAUCGAUCAACGUUACCCGCCAGAGGAGCGAGGCGACCUGCUCCUCUUCCUUAGUGGCGUGGCGGAGAUCUCCACCAUCCAGGAGGCCUGUCAGGUUUAUGCCACACACACGCGUCGCUGGAUCGUCUUGCCGCUUCACAGCACACUCUCUCUGGCCCAGCAGGACAAGGUGUUUGACAUUUCUCCUCCUGGGGUGAGAAAGUGUAUCAUCUCUACCAAUAUUGCAGAGACCUCAGUUACAAUCGACGGGGUACGCUUUGUUGUCGACUCAGGCAAGGUUAAGGAAAUGAGUUUUGACCCGAAGGCCAAGAUGCAACGUCUGCAGGAGUUCUGGAUCAGCCGAGCCAGUUCUGAGCAGAGGAAAGGUCGAGCCGGUCGUACAGGUCCAGGAGUGUGUUACCGCCUGUACGCCGAGUCUGACUACGAUGCCUUUGCACCUUAUCCUGUGCCGGAAAUCCACAGAGUGGCUCUGGACUCCCUCAUUCUCCAGAUGAAGAGCAUGUGUCUGGGAGAUCCGCUUUCUUUUGUCUUCAUUGAUCCACCACCUGCUUCAAGUAUCCAGACUGCAGUGACCUACCUGAAAGAGCAGGGGGCACUAGACAGUCUUGGGGAACUGACCUCUAUCGGGAGGUUGCUGUCACAGCUGCCUGUGGACGUGGUCAUAGGGAAGAUGCUGGUGCUGGGCUCUGUGUUUAACCUCGUGGAGCCCGUGUUGACGGUGGCAGCCGCCCUCAGCGUUCAGUCACCUUUCCUGCGCAGCUCGCAGCACAAUCCAGACUGUGCCACUGCCCGCCAGCCCCUGCACAGCAACCAUGGAGACCCCUUUACCCUGCUCAGUACCUUCAACGCCUGGGUGGAGGUGAAGGGAGAGAGAGGUGGCGGCUCGAGGAAGUGGUGCAGGAGAAGAGGCUUGGAGGAGCAGCGACUCUAUGAGAUGGUCAACCUACGCAGACAGUUCAAGGAGCUGCUGAGGAGCCACAGCCUGCUGGAAUCAGAGCACAGUGCCGCCUCCAGUGGGGACCGCGGGCAGCGCAGGGAGAGGCUGACCGAGAGGAGGAAGCUGCACCAGCUGAAGAGGGAUCAUGAGCAACAGGAGGGCAGCAGACGUAAAGUCCUGAGGCUGGACGAGGGACAGGAUGGAGAGCUGUCCUCAGGAUCAGACACAGAGGAGACAGGCCGAGGCAAGAAGGACAAGGGGGGAUCAGGGCAGAACGUGGACAUACAGGAGGUGAAGUUCAAGUUGCGUCACAACAUGUCGGAGCUUCAGGGGGCAGUCAACGUCAGUCAGGACAUGUCCUCCCGCCAGCAGGCUUUGCUUAAGCUGCUGCUUUGCCGAGGCCUCUACCCUCAGCUUGCGCUGCCCGAUGAACACAACUCCACCCGCAAGGACUCCGAGCAGGUGUUUCACACGAAGAAUAAGCAUGGGGUGGUGAUCCACCCGACCAGUGUGUUUGCCAGUGACCCAGAGGUCUUACAUGUGCCUGAGGAUGAGAGCAGAGAAAUGGGACCUGAUCGCAGGGACAGCAGCAGACACCAGCUGCUGGCCUUCGUCACUCUGCUGGAGACCAACAAGCCGUAUUUGUCCAACUGUGUGCGGGUCCCAGCGCUGCAGGCUCUGCUGCUGGUCGCAAACUCUGUGGACAGCAACGCGGACUGUACGCGCCUGGUGGUGGACGGAUGGCUGGAGCUGGAGCUCCGUGAGACGGAGGGGGCCCUGAAGGUGCUGUCCACGGCUCUGACUCUCAGGGCUGAGUGGGAGCGCCUCCUGCUGGCCCGGCUGGGACAGAGCACAGUGGAGGGGGCGGCAGUCCAGGGGGUGUCCCGCCGAGUCGUGGAGAAGCUGAGCGAAGGCCUGGUCCGCUUCCUGCUCUACACUGAGGUCAGUUACAGCCUACAGCGACUCACUGCUCUCCAGACUCAGAACAUGUACAUCGGCCCUCGGGCGGAGUCCGAGUCUGAUCUGUCUCACAGCAAAGCCCCGGAUCUGAACCCGCUGUUUCCAGGAGCCGAGGCCAAGCCGCACCCGAUUAAAGGAGGCCUGCGUGUCACCAGCUUCUUCACCUACAACUGUCUGGCUGACUCUAAGGAUCUCUACAGUGAGUGUUUACGCACGUUCUGGAGCUGCCCCAACUGUGACCUGUACAUGCCUCUGACUCCACUGGAGCGCAUGCAGCACGAGGCCUCCUGCAGGCCAGCGGGAGAAGAGCAGCAGCUGGAGCAAGAGCCAGAAGAUGGGAAGGCAGGCCCCUCCUCAGUGUCCAGUCUGACCAGGGUUUACCACUGUGAUGUGUGUUCUCAAGACUUGACCCUCACCCCCACUGAGAUCCUCAAACACAAAAGGCAGCACAUGUACUCUGUCAAGUAGCAGACGACUAAAAUGUCUGCAGCACCUGAAGGACAACAACUGGUCUCAAGUUGUGUCUGUUCUGUUGAGGACAGACUGAAUUUAUGGGGUAAUUGAUAUUCCAAACAUUUGUGACAUUGGUCCUUCCUUUUAUACAUAAAAAAUUAAAAGUGUUAUUACUUA